AUGUCAUUAUGGCUCACCAACCCAACUCCCACGCCCAAGGGCAAUACAUGCAGCAGCAAUUCACCCACCAGGCCCAACUCCCCCAGCAGAAUCACAUGCAACAACAACAACAACACCCUCUCCAACAAGUCCACCAAUCCCUUCAACCCCACCCCCAAACCCAACCCCAACCCCCGUCUCGAAACCCCCCCCGCCCCAACUUCCAAAUGUCCCAUCCUCCCACCCCCCACAAGACCGCCUCUACCCCGACUUCACCACCCUCCUCACCGACGUCAAAUCCUUCGCCCGCACCCAAGGCUACGCGAGUCGUCAUCGGCUCCUCCCUCAAACCAGCAGAACUGCAAGAAAGGGCAAACUAACCAGCCAGCUGACAAACCAUGCUGCCUGGCGCCCAUAAGGGCGGGCAACAGUACACUGACAGCCUGCCCACUCCAAAGGCAUCCGCUAACACCCGCUGCCACCAAGACCGGCUGCCCCAUGCGCAUGAAGGCCGUGCAGGAAAAGGCCCACCCCUACGACGACAAGUGGCACGUCGUCGUCCAGUGCGCAGAGCACAACCACGAGCCGUUCACCGGCGAACCCGGUGUGAGCGUGCCGGCGCAGUUCAGAAAGAUUGAGCCGGAUGGGGCGAGGUGGCUGAUGAUUAUGCACCGGGAGGCGCACUUUGGGGAGAAGUAUCAGUAUGUCAAGAAGAGUGAUGUGAGGAAUAUGUUGGCGAAAAUGAAGAGGGAGGAGGAGAGGAAGGCGGCGCAGCUGGCUGCGCAGCAGGGGUUGCCUAGUAAUGUGCCUUAUACUAUUAUUCCUCAGCAGCAUCAGCCGCCGCCGCCGCCGCCGGUGAGUGUGCAGCAGAUGCCUGCGUUGCCGGAGGGGAUGCACGUACCGGAUCCGGAUCUGGAGAGUGAUGAUGAUGAGGUGGAAAAUUUGUAG